AUUUGGGAGUUUCAAGGUUCUUUGGCUCCUUAUCUCCCUGAAUCGCCCCUGACGCCCUUAAAGGAAGUCCUCGUCCUCAUUCUGACUGCCUUGACGUGCCCUGACAUCCCUUACCUUCCUCAAUAUUCAGGACUAUAAGAUCCUAUCCUGGGGACUUGCACUUCGAAGGAUUCCAAGGACGACGGAAGAAAGACCCCCCCCCUAAGGAACCCCACCCUUAAUAAAAGACCGUAAAAAUAACCCUGAAGGAAAAGAACCCCCAAAACCCUAAAUAAAUCAAAGCAACCCCCUUAAAACACAAAAAAUCAAUUAAAAAGACCUCUUCAAAACUCCAAAUUCCAAAAUACACCCCGUUAAGGAGGACCCCAAGAAAAGGACCCCUCGAGGAACCAGCGCCAUUAAUAGGACUCCCCAGACUCCCUCCUGCGCCGCCACACUAAGGAUGAGCCGCUCCCCGAUGGUGGUGGUGGUGAUGGUGGUGGUGGUGAUGGUGGCGAUGGUGGUAGGAGAUCCGAUCAGCCAAUGUGAGUUCAAGGGCCAGCUGAUUGCAGACGGUGACUCCUGCACUCGCUACCACACCUGUGUUGUCAUGGAGGACGGCCAGUUUGUCACCCAGAUCUCUACCUGUGCGGACGGUUACCUGUAUGACCUGGUCUCCGCCAAGUGCAUCAAGCAGAAGAAGGGCUACGUGCAGGACCCAGAGAGCUGCGUCACAUUCUACGGCUGCCACAGACCUUCACAAGGGGGAGAGGGGCUGACCAGGCGCCACUACCGAUGCCCAGGAGAACUUCGCUUCCAUCCCCUCGAUAAGCGAUGCACCUACAAAGUGUACGUGCCUGACGCCCUCUGUGCCAGUCGACGCGUCCCAGACACCCGCCUGGGCCAGAGAACCACGGAACCGGUGAUUGCCUUCUCCACGCCCUUGACCACCUCCUCACCUGAUCCUUCCUCUGAAUCCCCCAACACUGAGGCCAUUGAGGAGACGACCAUCACCACCACCGCCUCACCCACCACCAUUGCCGCCCCUGUUUCUACUGACGAAGGAAAGAUUACUCGACGUUCCAAGCCCAUCACGCCGCGUCCUGCCGGGGAUGUAAGUGACCUUGAACGCAUCACGAGACUCAUUAAAGACCAGCUCCUGGAGAGACAAAAGGAGGGCGCUGUCCCCGCCUCCUCCAGGGACUAAUGAUGAUGAUGUCGCUUCGAGGUAAAAACAUCCUGCCUUCUACUACUACCUGCCUCGUCUCUUACCAGCAUUACUGUCACUGCUAUCAUCACCACCACCAUAACUACCAUAGCACAGAGGGGUGGUGGUGGUGGUGGUGGUGUGAUGGUGGAUUAGUCAUCAUUGCACCUGUCCCCCACAAACAACCAUCAUCACUAUUCCUAACACCUGUUACUAGAACACCACAAUUUUCGUUUGAUUGAUAUUAGUGGUCGUGUUGGUGGUAUGACUUAGGAGG